UAGCCGGGGGCACCUCCGCGCGUGGCUGUCCCCCUCCUGGCCCCUGAGUCUGUUUAUCCGUGUAGCUGCACUUCAUCCCCCAGCUAACCCCUCGAAAAUGAACGACAAAUACCUAAAAAUGCGUAAACUAAAUUCAUCAAUCGAUAUAAUUCCAAUUCAGGGUGCAAGCAGUGAGGACGUACGUGUAUUUUCCCGAGGUAUGGAAGAUCGUCAGAGUCACCUGUCACGAGAGCAAGUGCUUCUUGAACGUGUCCAGAAGUACCUCUUCGACAACGAGGAUCAGAUAUACAUCGAUGUAAACGAUAUGGCUGAUAAUCUCCAAAAAAGGUACAGUGAUUACAGAACAAAAAAACGUGGACCAUUCAGGCAAAUCGUGAGACGUGCAUACGACAAGAUAACAGAGAGUAUGUCAAGACAGGAAGACCUUGACGAUGUUGAGGUACAGUCUGACAUCGAUCAUGGCUCAAUAAACAAUGAGAUUGUGAAGAUGUAUACUAAAGGAGUUGUAGGCGAUCAUAAUGGUAAUUCAAGUGACAAAGAGCUGAUAGACAUCAGCAGUGAUGACGAUCACGAGGACAAUCCACUGUCUCUGAAGCACACUGCUGAUGUGCUGAAAUUACCAAAAAAUGUGAUUCACUCGUGCACGAUCUCCAAGGCGUCGAAGGACAUGAUUAAAAUCAAUGAUCAAAUGAAGAAGGUUCCGGAGCUGCCGCCACUGAAGCCACUGCCUAAGAAACGAAUGAGAGAGAAAAUGGAGGAGAUACCCAAUGCCAAACGUAGAAAAGACAUGGUUGGGAAGCCAUCGGCAUCCCCCAAGUCACCAAAAUUCAAGGACAUUGGGGGUAACAUCAAAGUCCUGGAGACAGUCUGUCGUAUUUUAAUCCACAUGAAACACUCGGCGAUAUUCAGACAACUGGGAGUGACACCAACAAGAGGAUUGCUGCUUCAUGGACCUCCAGGAUGUGGUAAGAGUCUUCUGGCUGCUGCUAUUGCUGGUGAACUGAGUGUACCAAUCCUCAAGAUUACCCCUCCCGAGCUAAUUGCCGGUGUCUCUGGGGAGAGUGAAUCCAAGAUUCGGGAGCUAUUUGAUCAGGCACUUGCACUUGCACCUUGUGUACUGUUCUUCGAUGAGAUAGACACCCUAGCGCCACACAGGGCUAAUGCCCAGAAGGAGAUGGAGAGGAGAAUAGUUACCCAACUGCUGGCUUGUUUGGAUGAUUUGGGAUCGAGAGAGAAUGGUGACAAGGUUCUUGUUCUGGGGGCGACCAAUCGUCCUGAGGUGCUUGAUCCAGCGUUGAGAAGGGCUGGACGUUUUGAGAGGGAGAUCGCCCUGGGUAUUCCUGAUAAGAAGACACGUGAGAAUAUCUUGAUGGUUCAUUCAGCAACGCUGAAACUCACACCAGAAAUUGAUCUUGGAAAAAUAGCUGCUGUGUCUCCAGGUUGUGUGGGGGCUGACCUUGUGUCAAUCAUCAGGGAAGCUGCAAUUGCAGCUGUUGAUCGAGUCCUCAAGCAGCCUGAGAGGAAGGAGGAGAAGCAGAAGGAGAAGGAUGAAGUGAAGAAUGGGGAGAAGGACGCGGUGCAGAUGGUGGAGAAGGAUGGAGAGAAGACAGAAGAUAAGGUAGAAGACAAGAUUGAAGAGAAGGAAGGAGAGGAGAAUGGAGAGAAAGAAGGGCAGCAGGACGAGGAUAAAUCUGCCGAGAAGGUGCCUGAAGUUAUUGCUGAGGAGAAAGAUCAGACGGAAGUGGAGAAUGUUGAUAAGACCUCCAUGGAGAUUGUCGAAGACAAGCAGACUGAAGAAGCUCAAGAACCAGAGGUGAUAGACCUUAAGGAGGACACGAAUCCACCGCAGGCGAGUACGAAGGACGAAGACAGUGGAAAGACAGAGGAUGUCAGGAUGGAGUAUAAGGAACUGGACAGACUUCUGAAGAUACUUCAUAGCGAGGUUGCCCUCACACCUGAGCAAAUUGCUGAUAUCAAGAUCAUGAAUUUAGAUUUUGAUGUCGCUGUUAAGACUGUUCAGCCCUCCUCGAAGAGGGAAGGCUUCGCCACUGUUCCUGAUGUCACCUGGGAAGACAUUGGCUCCUUGAGGGAGAUCAGAGAGGAGCUGCAGAUGGCCAUUCUGGCGCCUGUCAAGUAUCCUAAGGAGUUUGAAACUUUUGGACUGACUACACCCAGUGGGGUGCUUUUAUGUGGACCACCUGGAUGUGGAAAGACUCUUCUCGCCAAAGCUAUUGCCAAUGAGGCUGAAAUCAAUUUUAUUUCAGUGAAGGGACCUGAAUUGCUUAGCAUGUAUGUUGGAGAGAGCGAGAAGGCGGUCAGACAGUGCUUUGUCCGGGCGAGAGACUCGGCACCUUGUGUCAUAUUUUUUGAUGAACUUGAUGCACUGUGCCCUGUCAGGACCAGUGGGGAUAAUUCAGCAACUUCGAGAGUGGUUAAUCAGGUUCUUACGGAAAUGGAUGGCAUUGAGGGGAGGAAGGAUGUUUACCUGAUGGCUGCCACCAACAGACCGGAAAUUAUUGAUCCUGCUGUUAUGAGACCAGGACGAUUUGACAAAAUUCUUUAUGUUGGAUUACCCACUGGAGAGGACAGGGUUGAUAUUCUCAAGGCUUUGACGAAGAAUGGAACAAAGCCCAAAUUUGCCGAGGAUGUGGACCUGGAGGCGAUAGGAAAGAGCGAGUCCUGCGAGGGAUUCACAGGAGCUGAUUUGGGAUCUCUCGUUAAGGAAGCCAGUAUCCAGGCGUUUAAAGAGUCAAUGACAGCGUCUUCGGCCAUUGCUGAGGUCCACCAGAGACACUUCGAUGUAGCUUUUAAGAAAAUUCAACCAUCAGUCAAAGACAAAGAAAGAAAACAUUACAAAAAGUUGCAGCAGCAAUACACAGUACGAAAUGCUUCAAUCGCAGAUGGAGUUGUGGAACCCAUGGAAACGUGAAAAUUCAAUUUUAACGUAAAAAAUCAGUUGGCAAAACGUUCAACAUCUUUUAUUAUAAGUAAUAUCUUUAAGUCGACUUUUUAUUUCCACUUGGAAUUUCUUGAAUAUUGUUUGAUUUAAUAUCUUGUCAUACACAUAUUUUUCACGAUAGAUUAUCUGUACGUUGGCAUAGUAAAGAUGAUAACAAAAUAUAAGUAAAUGAUAAUAA